AAUUUUUGAACGCGCACUCAAAAUAUGAAAUGGCGUUUAAGUUAAAAGGGUGAAUUUUUAAAAGUAUUAAAUUUAAUGUCAAGCGCGCGUCUGUUUAAAAGUUUUAUUCAAUAAUUAUUUAGAAUAAAAUAGUUUAAAUUAAGAAUAUUAUUAGUGUCUUAAAUAAAAAAUUAUUAUAAGCUGUUUGCUGAUAACAAAACUAGAUGCUAUAGUUCCAUGUUUAAAUGCAUUUCUGCAUUUAUGAAAUUAGCAUUUUGAUUAAGUUGUCUAGAUUCUACAAUUUUAAUUUUACAUUAAAUAUGUGCAAAUCAAGGAAUAAUUAUCAAGAUAUUUAUUUUAAUAGACUUUUAAAUAAUUACAUCCAGAAUACUUAAGAGUUGAAAUUACUUUUCUUUUAUUAACAAUUAUAUACAGUGAAAUUGAAUUCUUCAAACUUUGCAAUUGUGUGGUGUAAGACUACAGAUGCAAGCAGACGAAAUUAUUGAUUUUUAUCUACAUAUUGAGUAAUAAUAGCUAUAACAAAUUUUUUGCAUAUUGCAAUUUGUUGUUUAUUUAUUUAUGAAUUUUACCUUAUAAAAAAACUAAUUACUAAAUCAGAAAUUGGAGAUAUUUGCAAACAUUAAUAUUUAUGUUCAUGUUUUAAAAAAAAAGAAAAAAAGUUUUGAUACUUAAGUGAAACUGUAAACGUGAAAUCAAUUUGUUGCAUUGAUAUAAGUUUAAUCAAAUCAACAAUUUUUUAUAACGAGCUAAAGAUUAAUAAAGCAAAACCUAUCGAAUUGCUUAAUAUAUAAAUUUUUUUUACUUGGAGAGGUUAGUCUAAUUUGCAAAACUGGAAAUUUCACAGGAACAGUUGCAAAAACUGCAACAAAUGCAGUUUCAGCAACAAUUUACUGCAGUUCAAGUGAAGCAAGAAUCACCAAAUCAUAAUCAAAUGACAAAUGCUAACACUAUGACGGCAGACAUUAAGUAUCCAAUAGUAGAUCAAAGUCAAAACCAAAUUCAACAAAUGCAUAUAAUAGAAGGACCGCCAAUUAGUCCACAUCAUGGUUCCAAUAACUCUAACAUUGGGAAUCACACGACAACUAUUAGUACAAUGUCUCCAUUACAAGCAAUCCAAACGGAUCCAAAUGAGUGGGGAGGUACUGGGCGAUUGCAACUCUUGCAACCAUCUUUAUCAAAUCAAGCUUAUCUUCAACAUUUAGCAUACCCACCAGUUUUAAUGCCUGGCAACAUAAUACAUACUGGACUAAGCCAGCAGCCUAUUCAAAUAAUUACAGCUGGUAAGCCCAUAACAGGAAAUACAUCUCAAAUGAUAACCACUCAAAAUAAACCUAUGAUUAGCGGUAAUACUGCAAAUAUAAGCGGUUCUUAUACUAUACCAGGAAUACCAUCGUCACAAUCACAAGCUCUAGUUUUUAGUCCAGUAAAUGUGAUAGGAUCCCAACAACAACAACAAAAUAUAUUAUCAAAUAUAUCUGGACAAGCAAAUAGCAAUAAAAAUACUCAGCAAGAUUUGCAAAAAAAUAUCCAAAAUCAAAAGGUUGUUCAGAAACUUAAUACUUCGACAAUAUCAAAUGUUCAAAAUAUGAAUACUAAUCAAAAUACAAAUAUCCAAACAAGCCAACAGUGUGUUCAGGUAUCGCAAGCAAUGCCAACGGCCCAAGUCAUAAAUCCGUUGCCACAACAAACCACGCAGCAAUCGAUGCAAAUUCCGUGGAGCGUUCAGCCAUUUUGGGCUACUGGAAUUCAACCUCAAACACUGUCAAUUCCAAAUCAAUUUAUUAUAAGAGGAACUCAACCGGAUGGCACGCCAGGUAUGUUUUUACAACCAGCAGCUCCAAAUCAAACUAUUCAAACUCAGCAGACAAAUCAUCAAAAUAUUACAAUGUCGUGUACAGUUCCUCAAGCUGCUACGCAAAUGAGACCACAAAUUGAUAACUUAAAUAGUAAACCUAGAGCCCCAUUAAUUUUACCACAAAACGCUAUAUCUAAUAAGCCCGCUAGUAACGUUUCAACACAGACUGCGCAAAACCAAAAUUUAUUAACUCAAAAAUCAAUCAAAAAGACUAAACAGCAUAUAGUUCGCCCAGCAUUAUCAAAUAUUAAGCCGGAUGUCACAUCUCAUUUAAAGGCAACAGUUCAGCAACAAAAUUUGCAACAGCAGUCUAUGCAACAAGUUGUGACAUCGAUGGGAAAUAAAAUGGUCGUUGUUAGUACUGGAGGUCCUGUACUUCAAAGUGGUAUAAAUACACAAAAUAAUUUUAGUGCGACUGAUAAGUCUCAACAAAUUCAGCAGCAUAUUAAACAACAAGCAAUAAUGCAACAACAGCAGCUUAUUUUGCAACAGAAUUCAAAUCAACAAAUUCAGUUGCAACAACCGAUUUCGGCAAAUCAAUUUAAUUCACAGCCACAAAUUCAAACGCAACAAAAUUCGAUUCAAAAUAAUUCAAAUACUUACGUUACACAAUCGCCGCAAAUUCAAAAUAAUGUUUGCAUACAGUCGCAACAUCAGCAACAACAGCGCGAAAUACAAAUCCAACAGCAACAUCAGCAACAACAACAUCAACAACAGCAACAGUCGGCCAACAUAUUGAAUCAGAUAUUUGUUGCAACACAGCAGCAAUCUGCACAAAAUUCGACUAAUAAGAUUUUAUCGAAUUUAGAAAAACAAAUUUGUAUUAAUACGUCGCAUUCAAAUGCUACUGCAAACAUGCCAAUAGCCAUAUCUUCUUCAGUAAGUAUAACUCCUCAAACGAACUUUAUUACUUCACUGCCAACGAAUUCAAUAACCAGUAGUGCAACAACCACACCAGUUGUAACAGUUGCUUCUAUUACCAAUGUACAAGUCUCUGACGCAAUUUCAUCACAAGAUCAAAAUACAAAUUUAAAAGUAAAUAAUCUUAAAUAUAGUGACAUAAGUGAAAUAUCUGAAAUAUCGGGAAGUCAGGCUGUUGAUUCAAUUAUAGAAUCUAAAAAGUCAAAUGAAAUUGUCUCUGAAAGCUUAGAGGAAACAAUUAAGUUGGUAAAAGAUAACAAAAAUGAAGAAAAUAAAAUUCAUGCUAAUUCUAAUAAAGAAAAUUUAGAAGAAAAUACUGAUAAUAAAUGUACUACUUCAGAUGUUAUUUCACAUUCAACUGAAUCAUCUACAAUAAAACAUAAUUUGGAUGAAAAUUUAUUAAAACCAUCUUUAAAUUUAAAAGGUUUACCAAAAAGUGAUAGAGAACUACCAAAAGCUAUGAUAAAACCUAAUGUUUUAACACAUGUUAUUGAAGGAUUUGUAAUUCAAGAAGGUAAAGAACCAUUUUCUGUUGCAAGAACACGAUAUUCUGAAAGAGAUACCGUUGAAGAACCACCAUCAAAGAAAAUGAAUUUAGAUGAUAAUUUAACAAAUGAUUCAAAAUCUCAUAAUAAUGAUGAAUGCUCAACAUGUGGUAGUACUAAAAAAUGUAUUUGUAUAUCAUCGAAUGCAAAUAUUUUAUCCGAUGGUAAAAUUCAAUCAGAAUGUAAUAAUGAUUUAGAUGGUAAAUGUUAUAAUGAUGAAAAGCAUAAUAAAGACGAUCUAAUAAAGAAUAUCAAUAUAACUAAUACUAUUGGUGAAAGUUCAAAAUUAUUUGAUUCAACUGAAAAUAUUACUAAUAAUAAUAACAAUAAUAAUAACAAUAAUAAUAAUAAUACUAGUAAUAAUAACAACAGUAACAAUAAUAAUUCAAAUAAUAAUAACAUCAAUAAUAGCAAUAACAAUAGUUCGUCAAACAAUCAAGAUGAAAGUCCAUUAAAACGAUGGACAAUAAAUGAUGUUUGUGAUUUUAUUAAAAAUUUACCAGGUUUUGGUGACUAUGCUGAGGAAUUUGCAAAUCAAGAAAUUGAUGGUCCUGCAUUAUUAUUACUUAAUGAAAAUCAUUUGGUAAAUACAAUGGGUAUGAAAUUAGGUCCUGCAUUGAAAAUUGUUGCUAAAAUUGAAUCAAUAAAAGACGGUCAAAAUGAAAAAGAAAAUUAAAAUUUUAAUAAUUAAGAGAUGACGUUAAAUUAAAGAAAUAAUUACAAUUAAAAAAAAAAUUUUAAAUAAAUAAUAAAAUAAAAUUAGAAUUAGAGUUUUAUAAUUACAAAUUAUUGAUACAAAAUUUAAUUUUUAAAUUGAUUUCAAUUUUGUUCUAAGAAUUUUUAGUUUUUUUAAUUUUGUUAUAUUUAUAAUAUAAUUGUCGAAAUAUUCGCCAUAAUUUAAUUAAUUGUAGUUUGGCAUAAUAUUGAAUUACAUAUAGUUUUUUUUAAGACAAUUAUAAAAAAAAAUAAUUUUCUAAAAAAUAAAUUCGACUUUAAUUAACUUUAAUAAUUUUGUAAUAAGUUUUUUUUUUACAGUAAUGACUAUCUUAUAAAAAUAGAAAGUAAUAUAGUGUAAUAGAUGAGAACAUUAGGGUAGAUUUUUAUUGGUAAUUAAAAUAGUAAAAAGUAAAUUGAAAAAAAAAAAAAAAACAAAUCGACUAUUUUUUUUUCUUCUAGAUUUAAUCCUUUUCUAUAUUAGACAUUAGAAAAACGAAAACUUAUUAUAGUUAAACAUAUUAAAUUAAGAAACUAAAUUACAAAAAUAAGCAAAUUAAUUAAGGAUAUUUUUUU